CCUUUUGCUUUUGCCCUGACUGGGGCGGGGCUCUCGGCCUCGUGUCCGGGGCCGACCCAACGUGGGCUUCAAGGGCGUCUGUCGCUGGGACGGCGGAUCUAUCCGCAGAUCGGCGGGGCUUCUGCACUUGUGCUCACUCACUCGCGCCGUUGUCGCCACUCUCCUCGGCCACCUGAGCGCUUCCAUCCGCAGGCGGGAGGGGCCAUGGAGCCACCGCCGUCGGCGCCGCGCAGCCUCCUCCAGACGCUCGCUCCCUUCCCUCGGGUCUCCGCUGCCGGAGCUGGGGCUGGGGGUUCGGAGGCCGACGGGAUGAGUCAGCAGCUGCCUUACUAUAUCCCAGAGCCUCGCCCUGCGGAAUCCGGGUGGGACCGCCUCCGCGAGCUGUUUGUCCGAGAUGAGCAUCAGAGAAUUUCACGGGAGCUUGAGGAUAUCUAUAAGGCAGCAGCUUCAGCAGGCAUCAUCGGCUGGGCGUAUGGGGGCAUCCCAGCUUUUAUUCACGCCAAGCAGCGCUAUAUUGAGCAGAGCCAAGCGGAGAUUUAUCAUAACCGGUUUGAUGCCGUGCACAGUGCGCAUCGUGCUGCCACACGCGGCUUCCUUCGGUACGGCUGGCGCUGGAGCUGGAGAACUGCGGUAUUUGUGACUAUAUUUAACUCAGUGAAUACUGGACUAACUGUGUACCGAAAUAAAAAUGCCCUGAGCCACUUUGUCAUGGCAGGAGCUGUCACAGGAAGUCUUUUCAGAAUAAACUUAGGCAUGCGUGGCCUAGUGGCUGGUGGUAUAAUUGGAGCCUUGUUGGGGCUGGGAGCUCUGUCCCUAGAGGCCACCCACGUUCCUUGCUGGGGAACCCAGCUGUGUUCAAGCCACAAGCAGCACCUUGAACCUUUACUUCACACACUAAAUUUGCUGCUUCCACUCUGCCUGAGGAAGCUGCACCCCUGUGGGAAGCCUGUUGAUGGUGCUUCAGAAGUACCACGGCGAGACAGUUCAGGAGAGGAAGCAGAAGGAUCGCCAGGCCCUCCAUGAGCAGAAGCUGCAGGAGUGGAGAGCCAGAUUACAACUCACUGAACUCCUCCCUGAAGAGAUCGAAAGCAGUUUACAGAAAAAUCAAUCCCAGGAGGAUGCUAAGAAGAUUGAAACCCUGCUGAGCCUCCCUAGAAACCCUUCACCAGAUGAACAGGGCGAAGACUGAGAACAUUCUGGAACUGAAGCACCUGGGGGAGUUGAGAGCAGCUGUGUGGCCGCAUCUGUCGACACCAUGCCAGGACAUCAGGCAUAAGCAGUGGCGCCUGUGGCGGCUGUGACUAAUAUUUUGAAUGGUGAAUUGGGCUACUGUACUCUCAUUUAUCCUUAAAUUUAAAUUUAUACUUAAAUGUGUGUUGGUCUGUUGAUCUUUACCCUGGAUCUUAUAACAGUUACUAAAACUUUUCCCAGAAGAUUAAAGUUGAAUGCCAUAGGUCUCAUGUUUGCUCCCGUAGUCCUGGGAGGCACGGAGAGGACCAGGCAAGGCAAACAGCGUGGAGUGCUCGGGCCCUGAAAACAGUAAGGGCCUGAAUUUGUAGUCUUGUUUUAGUGAGGAUCAAAGAUGAUGACUGCCAUUUGAACUAAAGUAUAAAUUGACCUGAAAAAAAGUAGGUCAGCAUUAUAACAGACUCCGAUUUGCGAGGCACUGACGCUGCAGUGUGUGGGAGCUGCUGGGAAGACUCCAUCCCUGCACUCGAGAACAUACUGCUUAGGAGGGAAGACGCCUGCGAUUUCAGCCGUGAGCGAGUGAGGGGACAGAUGACAGGAUGAAGUGUACGUGAGCCCUCACUGUUACAGUUUUGCUUCCUACAGCGGAGUUACUGUGGUCAAAUACUAAAUGAAAAGUUCCAGAUAUAAACCAUAAUGUUAAAUUA